CAUACACAUACACGACCGGACGACACGGCCCGUAUUCCGGCGACGGGGAAUCGAGUCAGCGCCCCCUUUCCCCCCCCGAGAGGAGACAGCCCACCGACAGCGCUUCCCUUCACUCAGAUUAAAGCACAUAUAUCCAUCUCCGUUCUAAACUUACCGAAAGUGUAGAAAAGUAUAGUCACGACGAGACAGCCGGGUAUACCACGCAGGGACGAUUCCGCCCCUGCUGAAGAAAUCCGAGUUUCUUGCGAUGUAAAGCACAAAUACACAGUGCCAUUCCAAAGAACCAUUGCUCACAGCUGUGCUAAACUAUAAUUGCUACGCAUAAUGAUAGAUAGUGUUUAAGGAUCUUGAAAAGCUUUGUGUUAUUUAUAUCGAAUAACUUAUAUAAAAAUUGCAUCUCUACCCCAUAAGAACUUUAUUACACUAGAGUAGAGAUAUUUGCACGAAUGAGAAUUUUGAAGAGGAUCAAUCGAAUAUUUGUACAUAAAUCUAAUAUUCAGCGAUGCGAGCAAGCAAAUUGUGAUUAAAAUCAUCCAGAGAUGUUACCAAAGGGAGGUUGAACUAAUUUUCUACCACACAAAGUUCUAGAUUUGAAGUAAAAUGACCAAAGGUGUAAAGAUAAAUUUGUACUAGUUGCAAAUUUUUUUUGGUAAACAUGCCAUUCACUAUGUCUUGAGCAAAUUCGUAAAGGAGGGAGAAUUUAUUUUGACAAUUGCUGUAAGCGAAUCAUUGCGUACCAAACAUGGCGAGAAAGAGUGACAAUGCUAAAAGCAUUAAUGUCGCGGUGGUCGGAUUGUCUGGCACAGAAAAGGACAAGGGACAAGUCGGCGUCGGCAAAUCGUGCCUGUGCAAUCGCUUCAUGCGUUCCAUGAGCGACGACUACAAUGUGGAACACAUUUCAGUAUUAUCGCAGUCUGACUUCAGCGGGCGUGUGGUGAACAACGAUCACUUCCUGUAUUGGGGCGAGGUGAUGAAACUGGCGGAGGAUGGAACGGAGUUUCAGUUUCAAGUCAUCGAGCACACGGAAUUUAUAGAUGAUGCAUCGUUUCAGCCGUUUAAAGGCGGUAAAAUGGAGCCGUAUGCGAAGAGAUGUGCGGCCACGAAAAUCACAAGCGCCGAGAAACUCAUGUAUAUUUGCAAAAAUCAGUUAGGAAUAGAGAAAGAAUAUGAGCAGAAGGUCCUGCCCGAUGGUAAACUGAAUAUCGACGGCUUUCUGUGCGUGUUUGAUGUGAGUCUCGUACCGAAUCGGGCGAUAGAGAAGCAAGUCGAGAUUGUGGCGAAUAUCUUGAAUAAUUUGAUGAAGACGAAGAAACCAGUGGUGCUGGUGACGACUAAGAAUGACGACGCGAAUGAGCAGUUCGUCAAGGAAGCCGAGAAACUGAUAAUGCGAAAGGAGUAUAAGGGAUCGAUUUUGAUCAUUGAGACAUCGGCGCACGAGAACAUCAACGUGGAUCUGGCUUUUAUGAUCUUGGCACAAUUGAUUGACAAGACGAAGAUGCGCAGCAAACUAAUACCGUUCGCGGAGGCAGCCAGAGCCCGCAAGGAAUUGUUGGACGCGUCGACGGAAUCGUUGCAAAGAUUGAUCCGGAUACAUGUGACCGAUUAUCGCGCUUUAUGGUCGCAGGCUUCGAAGAAACUCGCGCAAUUCAAAGAAUUCACCACUUUCGUAGAAUUGUUCGGUAUCGAAGCGACGCAGAGGCUAUUCAGAAGGCAUAUUAAGAAACUGAAGGACGAGCAGAUAGCAAAGAAGAUACAGGGCUACUUGGACAUGUUGCCGGAUAUACUUCACGAGAUUUGUCCGGAUAUAUCGAAUUUAAUUAACGAGGAAUGGUCGGCGGUACAACAAUAUAUAAAGGCGCAUCCCGAUUUCGAUCAGUACUUCUACGAGUGUCCUGAGGAUAUACCGUGGAUCGAUUGUGACUUUGACAACACCGGCACAAAAAUACCUUAUGACGUGCUGGAGACCCCCGAGGCGGAGACCGUAUUUAAAAAUCACAUAAAUGCCUUGCAACAAGAGCAACGGCGACUAGAAUGGAAGAAACAAUUUAAGCAAUUAUUGGAAGAAACUGGUUAUGUUACGCCUGGAAAACAUUUAUCUGAAGUUCGAGUUUUAUUUAUGGGUAGAGAAUGUUUUGAAGAGCUUUCUCAUCAUGAUUGUCAAGAAAUUUAUGAUCAGCAUCAAAAGGAAAUUAUUGAAAAAGCAAAACACAAUUUCCAGGAAUUAUUGUUGGAACAUGCAGAUUUAUUUUAUCACUUUAAGAGUAUAGCUCCAUCUGGAACUAUUACGCAAGACGAUAUAAAGGAAAUUACGGACGCUUUAGUGGACGAUUUUAGAUAUAAAGCGCUAGAUAGAUUAGAUCAAGAUCGAAAAUUAAUGUUAUUUCAACAUUUGGGAUUUGUGCAUUGUCCCAUCAGGGAGCACUGCCCCGCUUAUCCAAAUUGUAUGGACGCACUAAUAGAAAGGAUACUCGGAACAAAAGCUCAUAGACCUUCCUCAUGGAAUCACAGUAGUCAAUGGCAGUUAACGUCGGAUAACAAUCAAUUAAAUUUAGUCAUACUCGGAAGUAAUGGACUGAGCGAAGAAUUUGCUCGUGAAAUAAGGGCACAAACGGAGGAUGACGAAGUAGAGAUAGAUUGUCAGUUAUACACUCUCGGAUAUCGCAUUAUAGACGGUGAUGUGGGACUACCGCAUAACUCUUUCACCACAUCCGAUUUCAUGCCACAUGGAUCUUUUUGUAUCUAUUCAAAUGAGGAUUCAUUUGAAUACAUUCGAUCCUCUUUAGAGAAAACUUUGUUGUCGAAUCUAGAGCAAGAGGACAGGCUACCAUUUCAAGGAUUGCCCAUUGUAAUAAUGUUUGUGCCAGAAGCCGGUAUCGAUGAAAUAGAAGCCAUAAAGCUCAGAGAAGAAGGACAGAAUCUUGCUGAUAGUUUGCAGUGUCCAUUUAUCGAUGUGUGCAUAGACGAACUGGAACAAGAAAAGCACAAAAGAUUUCCCACUUCGUUGGUAAAGGAUGCUUUGCAGCAACUUAUACAAUCCAUAAAUCACAGAGCUGGUUUUUUAAACAUAUAUCAGAGUGUUAUUGAAUGCUUAGAGCCUGAUAUCAGGAUAAUAAUGUGUAUGUUCUGUGGUGAUCCUUAUUCUGUUGAGAACGUUCUUGGUCCUUUAUUGAAUCAUCAAUGCUGCUUUCUCAGUGGAGAUAGAUCUAUAGUUUUGGAGACGUUUCUGGGAGAAUGCAAACGUCGAGUCGAAGUCAUUAUCUCGAGUUUUCAUGGAGCCAAUGCAUUCAGAGACGAAUUAGUGCACGGUUUUAUACUCGUUUAUUCUACAAAGAGGAAAGCUUCUCUCGCAACUCUAAAUGCCUUUUCCACAAACAUACCAAAUCUACCGAUACAAAUAAUGGCUGUGACUGAUACUGGAGGUGCGAAUGCUUUCUUUAGCAACGACUUAAGUCAUCUACUUAUCACGGAAGGAAACGCUAUCGCAGAUAAAUUGGAAGCACAUUUUAUGACAUCUGCAUCUAGCUGCCAACAGAAAACCGCAUUUUACACGCCCUUCUUCAAAGUGGUAUGGGAAAAGAAACCGGAGAUCGAGCAGGCAUUUAAUAUGGAGGAGCCGGGGAAUUUGAAUGAUAGCGGAGAAGGUACCUUAGAGUAUUCGGCUUUACAUCCGAUGCCGCCACCGCGACACGAGAGCUAUCAUCUUCAAACGCCGGAUGACGGUAUGUCUGUAACUUUUAGAAGCGGCUCCGAAUCAUACGAGCAGUUGACGCCUGACGGUGAUCUGGGUGACACCGGUUUAACUGAACAAUUUGCCGAUCAUAGAGCCACGCCGAGCGACGAUAGUGACAUUUAUAGCCAAGUUGAUUUCUAUCGAGAGGAGAGGGAAAGAGAUCUAAUGAAGAAUGAAGAUAUCACGAACAAACUAUCUGGUUGGGUAAAGGAUACGUUUAUGCAUCAAGAUGGAGUUACCAAUAGUUAUCCACAUAGAGCCUUCACGACAGGUCGAAGAUACAUUUCCCAGAUUAAGCCGCGACCGAAGGGAAAUAGUCAAACGUUGAAACAACCCGGAAAAAUCAAUUUGAAAGAUUUUUCCAAUGUAACAGACGCGAUAGCCAGAAUGACGAUCGGUGAGAAAGACGAACACGGCCCGAAACUGACGAUGGGCCACGCUCCUCUUGCCACACCGGAACUGGUAGAUCUCGGCUCCGAAUAUGCGCAAGUGAAAGACGUCGUUCCGAGUAUGUAUUCUGCCUACGACGGCGAUUAUAUGUACGCUCUGGUGCAGGAUUCUAUUGGCAACAACAAAUCUAAAUUGCGCCACCGACGUGAAAAGGGACAGCCAUCAUAUAGCGAUUCUGAUUCGGAAUGGAGCUCUUUGGAAAGGCAAAGGGCGACUGACGUCUUGAACAAAACGAGUAAGAAGUCUUUGUCGCAUAAAAGAAUACGCAAAAAACGCACUGCAAUACCGGUCGCUACGCCCAAAGUACCGUCAUUGGCCAGCAUGGGAAGCGGAGACGGUAUAGUCGGCUUGAAUUACAAUAUAAAAGACGAUAAAAACUGGCGCGUCGAUUCAGCGGAUAGAGUAUCUAGCGAAACGCCCGAUACUUCCGAAUCGAGUGAUCCAGAGCAUACUUCGCGAUCUAGAUCGAAACAAUAUAAAUAUGCUGCCGUUAGUUUGCGGAAGAGAUUCUCUGGAAAUUCAUUGCAACAACAAUAUUUGCAGCAUCCGUUUAACGUAAAACAUAUGCCACAGGAAAUGUUCAGCGCCUCCUCCAAGCAAAGGAGUGAAAAUACGUUUGGUAUUCCAGAUGAUGAAUCAAGUCUGGAUGUCUCCUCACCACGGGAAAUUAAUUCCCCUAGUUUUGGUAUAUUGAAUAAGUCAAAAGACGGCGACAAGUUAGCCAGAAAGAAAGACAAGCAAAAAGCAAAAGAGGACGAAAAAUUAGAGAAGAGAAGGCAAAAGGAGGAGAAGCUUAAAAAGCACGCCGAAAAGGAAAAAGAGAGAGAGAAAAAAAAACAGGAGAAGAUAAAACAGACCAAAGGUCCAGGUGGGACACCGAUCUCGGGUCAAUCGCAGCAACCUUUAAUCGAGGAUUUUGCGCAGAGCGAAACGAAUCGGAUACCCUUAUUUCUAGAGAAGUGCGUGCGAUUUAUCGAGGACGAGGGAUUGGAUUCGGAAGGGAUAUAUAGGGUGCCCGGUAAUCGCGCACACGUAGAAUUGCUUUUUCAAAAGUUUGAAGAAGAUGGUAAUGUCGACAUACAUUCUUUGGAUAUUCCUGUAAAUGCUGUUGCUACAGCUUUGAAAGAUUUCUUCUCCAAGAGGCUACCACCACUCAUUGACAAAGAACGUAUGAGUGAACUUGAAGAUAUAUCAGGUGCACGAGGUAUUAGCAAACCUAUGUCAGCUACUUGCAUGAACAUGGAAGAUCGAAGUGGCAGAUUGUUAGCCCUGCGUCUGAUGCUCAAGAAAUUAAAUCCAGUUAAUUUCGAUGUUCUCAAGUUUAUUUUCCAACAUUUUGUGAAAGUUGCAGAGAACUGUAAACUUAACAGUAUGGAUAGUAAGAACCUGGCGAUCUGCUGGUGGCCUACGUUACUACCGAUCGAAUUUAACGACCUUGGCAGAUUCGAAGCUAUGAGGCCAUAUCUGGAAGACGUGGUUCAGACGAUGAUCGAUCAGUAUCCUUUCCUGUUCUGUGGCGAAGAUGCCGUUGUGAUGGUGUAGUGAUCAAACACGCUGCUACGCAGUGCAUAGUGCAACGGGACUGCAGUUUUUCUCGCGGACAACAGCGAUAGAAGCGGCGCAUCCGUCUCGUGGGGUAACUCGAUUUCGUUUUUUUUAUACGUUGUCGCCGAUUACGAUAAUAGACGUAAACGAUUAGUCUCAAUAUAAUUUGUAUCGAUAUUAAACUUCGCUUUAGCACACACUUGUAAUAUUACACAAGGUCCUACAUAAGGCGCAUAGACGAUCAAACAAAGUCUCUAUUUAUGUUUAGUCAUUUCAUACUUGUUCAUUUUUGGAAUGUGUGACACGCAAGAUCUUUCUUUGCGGAAUGAUCACUCGAUGGUCCUAAGACGAUUGUUCGCGUGCGUGGAUCAGCUAAUAACGCAAGAGUAAUAAGAGUCAAUCCAUGUGUGUCAUAACAGUAUGCAUGUAUCAUGUUGGAUGUAUUCAGAGCGAUGUAUUUAUUGAUAUUGUAUUAGGGAUAUAAGAUUCUCGAUAUUUGAUAAUGACGAUUAGCUUUAUAUAGUUAAGAAGGUAAGAUCAAUGUUGCUUUUUUUUCUUUUAUUUGCCUUUCUCUCUUUCAGUUCUCUCUUUCUUCUCUCUUUCUUCUAUUUUCUUGUUCACAUUGCAAAGAAUGAAAAUAUCAUAAAGUGUUGAUAACACUAACAUAUAGCCUCGUUAAAGAGGUUGUUAUUAAUAUUUAAAGGAGGGUGUAUCCAGAGCUCAUUUACGAAAAAACACGAAAUGUUAACGAGAUUUGUAUAUCGUCGAAUAAUCUAUACAUAUAUAUAUAUAUAUAUAUCUCAUAUAGCAACGAUAUCAAAAAAAGUUUUUAAUAUGUUUUCUUUUUGGCACAAAUGCACAAAUCGCCUCUCGAGCGUGUUUAUUACUUUUGCAUUUCUAUUGAUGUAGAUUAUCAUAUAGGAAUUUUUGAAUAAUCUUUAUCGUGGCAGAACCGAACAAACUUAAACGAUGAUACAAUCCAUAUAUCUUCUCUAUUCCAUCUAAAAAGGUAAAAAUGAGAAAGAGACACUUACGAAAAAGCGUGUUACAUGUAAUUCCACAACAUGUCUUGAUAAAUAGCGAUAAUGCAAAGGAAAGCACGGAUGGAGAUAUAAGAGAGAAUAUUUCGACAGAAUUUUGCGCACACAAUAUAUACACGUAUAAAAAUCGAAUCGAAAUAACUAUUAAGAAAUAUUUAGAAUUACAAACGUGAAAUACUAAGGUUUCUUAAAGCAAAUAUGUAUAUAGAACUAACGAUUUAAGAUACGAAAUUCGUAACGAAGAACAUUAAAUUUUCAUAAAAUUUUUUUUUUUUUUUUUUAGAAUGAAAGCAAUCCAUUUCUCGCUAGAGCUGAUAUUUUAUAUCGUUUGCAUUUUCGCAAAAACACAGAAAGUAUUCAUUAGCGCGUGAAGUUCAGGAUAAACAAGUUUAAUUAAAGAAAGAAAUGUACUAAAAGAAAAAAAAUCCAACUUUAUAUUUAAUUAGAAACGUACUUUUAAAUUCGUCGAUUUAUUUGUCCUUUAAAUUUGUACUUGAAUUUGUACAAAUAUGAUGGAUUUAGUGGGACAUUUUUUUAUAGGUGUGCCAUAAUUCAAUGUUAAAAAUCAUAAUGACAGAUAUAAUGCCUUUCGGCGGCUCAACAUUCGAAAGUAAGCGCGUCGUUUAAGCACCAACAAGCGAGUAUUCAUGGUGAAUCGCCGAGAAAGAGAUACUUAAUAUCGCUUCUCUGAAUGUUGGAGCCACUAUGAAUAAGAGAAAAGAAGAAGCGAAAUAAUACACUUUUGUAAUCCGCAAGAUUAACCGCAAACAUUCCCUUAAGGAACUUUGAUGUUUGGUCUCGCGAGAGACGCAUUUUGAUCGAAGCGAGUCCGAGUAAAUUUCAAUAGAGCAGGAAAGAGAGAGAUUUCUUCGAUUUACGAACUCUUUAAGAAAAAUGCGUAUCUCGCGAACACGUUAUUUUGUAAGGAAACAUUGUAACGAUAUUUCUACGAUCGUCGUGCGCGCGCGUGUGACGAGAAAGAGAGAGAGAGAGAGAGAGAAAACGGAUCGUACAUUCCCAUUUAGUCGUAAAACAGAUUUUAUACAUUCGUACGUACAUAAUUGUAUAAUGUUCUUAAUAGGAAGAGGAUAAGAUGUGCGAUGUUUUACGGGAUCUCGAGCGAUCGAAAAAUCGCGUAAUAAAACGACGUGACGUCGGCGAUGCUGAGAUAGCGUGUGUCGAAGCACUUGGGAGCGCUCGUUCAGAGGAGAUAUUCCGAUACUCUUGCUAUCUUUGUCUACUUUAUAUAUAAAUCAAAUCGGGAUAAUUGAGUUAAAGCACUUAUAAAGUUUCCAUCGAAAGAAGUUUUUCUUAUGUAUAAGAUCACGUUUGUUAUACAUUGAGAAUUGCUUGCACCAAUUCUUUCAUUUUUUUUCUUUCAUCUUUAAAUGUUGCAUAUAUCAGCAUUAAUGAGUAGCUGGAUUGUCUAUCUGUCUAUGAUAUUACUAGAGCUUCUUAUAGAGAAAUAUAUAGAUAAACAAAAUAGAUUUGUUAACCGAAA